CCAUUCUGGCUCAAGACUGGCGGGCGCAGCGCGUGCCCGCUCAGGGCCGAUCCGCGACACCGAACCACCCGAACACUCUUCACUCGCGCGGCAUGUCGCCGCAGAGGGUGCCAGCCGCCCUCUUGGUGCUCCUGCUCGACGGCGGCGCCCCCAGCUUGGCCGCCGUCGGCGUGCCCGGCGUGAAGCCGGCAGGCCAGCAGUUGAUGUCCAAGCGCGUCGGAGCGUCGUAUUCCGCCGUGUCUGGCAGCUACUGGGGCCAGGCCACUGGGGCCUCGGGGGGGUUCACCAGGGACCAGACCGUGUACUGUUUGGCGGAGUCGACGACGAUGCAACGUGCUGGAGAUAAUUCUUGGCACGCGAUGGGCACCACGUGCUGCGACAGUUCGGGUUUGGGAUCUCGCCCCGGUUGCAGAACUGGGUCUUACAGCAGUGCCGUAUCGCACUGCUCGGGCUAUGGGCUGCGACUGUGCACUCUCUCAGAGCUUCAGGGCGGAGCAGGCGAGGCCCACGGGUGCAGCUUCGACGACGGUCUCGUGUGGAGCUCCGAUGGCUGCGGCGUCGCGACGCCCAGCCCGACGCCCUACCCGACGCCUGGCCCGACGCCUAGCCCGACACUCGACCCGACGCCCAGCCCGACAGCCACCGUUCCCGCUUCUGGCGCUUUCGGGGCCGUCGCCGCCACCGGCGAUCCCCACUUGCAAAAUGUGUUUGGUCAGCGCUUCGAGUUGAUGCAGCCUGGGAAGCACGUUCUGGUGAACAUCCCUCGUGGGAGGCACACGAGUGCAAUGCUCCGCGUCGAGGCUGAGGUGAGCCAAGUGGGUGGACACUGCACAGACAUGUAUUUCCAAGAGAUCAAUGUCACAGGGGCGUGGGUGACAAGGGAAAGCCCGGGCGGCCUCCGCUUCCAAGCUCAGAGCGUGCUCGGCGACGAGCCGAAGUGGGCAACGUUCGGAAAGGUGGAGCUGAAAGUUACUCAUGGCCGUACUCUGGCUGGCGUUCCGUAUUUGAAUAUUUACGUCAAGCACCUUGGUCAUGCUGGAUUUGCUGUCGGAGGUUUGCUAGGUGAAGAUGAUCACGCGGAAGCGGCGACGCCAUCGGAGUCGUGCAUUCGCCGCGUGUCUCUUCGUCAGCUUGCGGGUCCGAACGAUCAGAGUGGAUUCUCAGAGGCCGAGGCAAGCUUCGCAUAA